UGAAAGUAGUGUUAUUAAUGUGGUGGGAUGGUUUAAGACGAGUGAUAAGUUAAUGUUUUUUUUGAAUAAGUGCAGUUCAUGUUCCCCAUAGUGCAACCAAGACAUUGCUACCUCAUAUGUUGUGAUAUGAAGUCAAGUAGUGUGGAUAUAAUUGACAGUGCGGGUGAUAGAGUUAGUAUCGAUAACAAAUACGGCAAAAUGCCCCUCAUAGUGCGCGACAUGUUGGUGACAUUUAUGAAAGAGUGCGGUCUGGAGAACAAAACAACAAGGGCAAUGGCAAAAGCGAAACCAAAGAGACUGAAUAUGGACUGGCGUGAAGCAAAGAGUGUAUUCAACUAUGGGAUCUACACCAUGCGCCACAUGGAGACAUACAAGGGUAGAGGGGGGAGAGACUGGGAUUGUGGGCUGAAACCGGGUGAAACGAAGCAGCUCACAGUGCUACGUCACAGAUAUUGUCAUAAAAUUGUGACAAGCAUGAUUAAUGAACUCAAAGACACAAACAGACUUCCUACGCAUGAGUACGAUAAAAAGAAAAAAUAAUCAGGGAUGAAAGAUGCAGGGGUUUUGAGGAGGAUUAAGAAUAUUUUUUGUUGUUACUGGUGAAGUGUUUUUUGAGAGUUGACAAAACAAUGCAACCUGAAUGAUGCUUUAUUUUGAAUGAUAUU